GGGCUCCCUACUUCUCCGCUCUAGUAUUGACAAUAACAAGCCGCGAUCCGAGGCCGGCCUCUUUUCCCCCCUCCCUCUCCUGGCAACGAAAAGGAGGAGGAAGUGGAGGGGAAGUGAGAGAAGGGGAAGGGAGCCCCACUCCCCUCUCCCCCCGUCAGGAGAGAGGCGGUCUCGGGCAGGGGGACGAGAGAGAGAAACCGGGAAUCUGCCCGCCUUUGAGAGCGGAGGAGGGGGCAGAACCCAAAGAGAGGCCUGCCAGAACCGAGGGCGGGGAGAGACGCUUGUUCCCCCGGGGCAGGCAGAACUGCCUGAAAGAAGGAACCGGCCAGAGGGGAGGGCGGACAAGGAGCUCUUCCCUCCCGACUGGCAAGGAGGCAGAAGCUUCGGAUCUCUCCGGCGAGGCACAGCUGUUCCGUUACCGACUCUCUCUCUUUCUGCGUGUCUGUCACACCAGAAGGAUUUGAUGCCCUUCAGCCUGCUCACCUCUGUGUGUUCAUGUUUCCCACAGGUUUCUCUUCCCCCAACCCCUCAGCAGCAGCGGCUCAGGAGGUCAGACCUGCCACUGAUGGUAGCAGCACUAGCUCCUCCUCUGCCUCCAAGAAGAGAAAAUUAAAUAGCAAUAGUAACAGCAGUGAGAGAGAAGAAGUGGACGCCAUCUCCUGCUCUUCCCUUCUUUCCAAAACGAAUUCUUCCUCCUCCACCUCUCCCUCCUCCUCUGUCGUCACUACUGCUUCUACUGCCUCCUGUUCCUCUUCAGGGGUUGCCUCUUCCAACCAUCACCUGCAGAAGAAGUUGCGCUUUGAGGACUCAUUGGAUUUUAUUGGACUUGAUGUGAAGAUGGCUGAAGAGUCUUCCUCUUCUUCCUCUUCAUCACCUGCUGCUUCUUCUCAGCAGCAGCACCAGCAGCAACUCAAAAAUAAAAGCCUUCUAAUUUCCUCAGUAGCUGUGGGACACCACGCAAAUGGCCUGACCAAAGCUGCCUCCUCCACCGUCUCCAGUUUUGCCAACAGUAAACCUGGUUCAGCCAAGAAGUUAGUGAUCAAGAACUUUAAAGACAAACCUAAACUGCCUGAAAAUUAUACAGAUGAAACCUGGCAAAAACUGAAGGAAGCUGUAGAGGCAAUUCAAAACAGUACUUCAAUUAAAUACAAUUUAGAAGAACUCUAUCAGGCUGUUGAAAAUCUCUGCUCCUACAAGAUUUCUGCAAAUUUGUACAAACAAUUAAGACAGAUUUGUGAAGACCACAUCAAAGCACAAAUUCAUCAGUUCAGAGAGGAUUCAUUGGAUAGUGUUCUUUUUCUCAAGAAAAUAGACAAAUGUUGGCAAGACCAUUGCAGACAAAUGAUAAUGAUUAGAAGUAUCUUUUUGUUCCUGGAUCGAACCUACGUACUUCAGAAUUCAAUGCUGCCAUCAAUUUGGGAUAUGGGGCUAGAAUUGUUCAGGACUCACAUAAUUAGUGAUCAGAAAGUUCAGAACAAGACCAUUGAUGGCAUUCUUCUGUUGAUUGAGAGAGAGAGAAAUGGCGAGGCUAUUGACAGGAGCUUGCUCCGCAGUCUUCUAAGCAUGCUUUCAGAUUUGCAGAUUUAUCAGGAUUCUUUUGAACAUAGAUUUUUGGAAGAGACUAAUCGGCUGUAUGCAGCAGAAGGACAAAGGCUAAUGCAAGAAAGAGAGGUUCCAGAAUAUCUUCAUCAUGUCAACAAACGUUUGGAGGAAGAGCAAGACAGAAUUAUCACAUACUUGGAUCAAAGCACCCAGAAACCACUAAUUGCUACUGUAGAAAAACAGCUACUAGGCGAACACUUAACAGCCAUUCUACAGAAAGGUUUAAACCAUCUCCUGGAUGAAAAUCGAAUUCAGGAUUUGUCUCUACUAUAUCAGCUGUUUAGCAGAGUGAAAGGAGGCGUGCAAGUUCUCUUGCAGCACUGGAUUGAAUAUAUAAAGGCAUUUGGUAGCACCAUUGUAAUUAACCCAGAAAAAGACAAAACCAUGGUCCAAGAGCUACUAGACUUUAAAGAUAAAGUUGAUCAUAUCAUUGAUAUUUGCUUUCUGAAGAAUGAGAAAUUUGUCAAUGCCAUGAAAGAGGCCUUUGAAACUUUCAUCAACAAAAGGCCAAAUAAACCAGCUGAGCUCAUAGCUAAGUAUGUGGAUUCAAAGCUUCGUGCAGGCAACAAAGAAGCUACUGAUGAAGAGCUUGAAAAGAUGCUGGAUAAAAUUAUGAUCAUAUUUAGGUUCAUAUACGGAAAGGAUGUUUUUGAGGCCUUCUACAAAAAAGAUCUAGCUAAGCGGCUAUUAGUGGGCAAAAGUGCAUCGGUAGAUGCUGAGAAAUCCAUGCUUUCCAAACUCAAACAUGAAUGUGGAGCUGCUUUCACUAGCAAACUUGAAGGAAUGUUCAAGGAUAUGGAACUUUCUAAAGACAUCAUGAUACAAUUCAAACAGUAUAUGCAAAAUCAGAAUGUACCUGGGAACAUUGAACUCACCGUGAAUAUCUUGACUAUGGGCUAUUGGCCAACCUACGUGCCUAUGGAAGUCCACCUGCCAUCAGAGAUGGUAAAACUGCAAGAAAUAUUUAAGACCUUUUACCUAGGAAAACACAGUGGCAGGAAACUUCAGUGGCAGUCAACAUUAGGACACUGUGUACUCAAAGCAGAAUUUAAAGAGGGCAAAAAGGAGCUACAAGUCUCUCUGUUCCAGACUCUAGUGCUCCUCAUGUUUAAUGAAGGCGAAGAGUUCAGUUUAGAGGAGAUAAAACAAGCCACCGGAAUCGAAGAUGGAGAGCUACGACGAACUCUCCAAUCGCUAGCCUGCGGCAAAGCAAGAGUUCUAACAAAAAGUCCCAAAGGCAAGGAUGUGGAAGAUGGAGACAAAUUUACUUGCAAUGAUGACUUCAAGCAUAAGCUAUUCAGGAUAAAAAUCAAUCAAAUCCAGAUGAAAGAAACGGUGGAAGAACAAGCAAGCACUACAGAGAGAGUCUUUCAGGACAGACAAUACCAAAUCGAUGCAGCAAUUGUGAGAAUCAUGAAAAUGCGAAAGACACUUAGUCACAAUCUGCUUGUGUCAGAGGUGUACAACCAGCUGAAGUUCCCAGUAAAGCCUGCUGACCUUAAGAAGAGAAUAGAAUCGUUAAUUGACAGAGACUACAUGGAAAGAGACAAGGAGAAUCCCAACCAAUACAACUACAUUGCAUAAAACACACACAGUGGGCCUUUGUUUUCCUUUUCUGCACACUUGAUGUUCUACUUGGUUGCUGGUGGAUAAACAAGCCUGUUGGUCCCAUUAAAUUAACUUUUUUCUACUACCAAUGACUGGAGUGAAAGCAAUGUAACGGGGGGGGCGGGGGGAUAGUAGAGUGGACUUUUCCAGUGGCUUUAACAUGCCCAUUUAAGAGAGUAGUAUUUACAUUUUAAGAAGAAUGCUGUUGAACUCUUUGCAUGAUAUUUGGUAUGAUGUGCAGAAAUCUGUAAGGAAGUACCCAGUCUUUGUGAUUCUAUUGAUCCCCAGAUCUAAAGAGGAAGUCUCUCUUUAUCGUAAGGCUAUCAUCCCUUUUUUUCCAUUUCAAAACAAUAAAAGGGUAACAUUUAACAAAAAUGUAGUCUUUUUAAAAAAUGCUUAAAACUGCAUGCAUAUCUCUGAAUUACUGUACAGAGUUACUGGAUGUAUUUAUCAAAUAGCAAAACCUUAAAGGGAUAUAAUUAUCCCUCAGAGUAACAAUGGUCCUCCACCAUAUCCUCAGAGUAUACCAAGACUUUUUUGCAACUGUUGGAACAGAAUUUGCACCCUGGCACACGGACCUUUGAGAUUUAUAUAGCUUAUCCUCAUUUGUUGUUGGCAUCCUGAAUGGCUUGGGUUUGUGCUGUGAAGAUUAGGGAGUAAACUGCUGAUACUUCCUCUAUUCCUAAGUACAAUGCAAAAAAGAAAAAAAGGAAAAUAUUACUAUAAAAGCUGCUGUGGGGAAACUUGUCUCCCCUUCCCCCCCUCUCCCCGCUUUUUUUCCCAAAGAGGGAAAUUCUAACCACAUGAACACAGAAGUGGACAAUGCCACAGGUUCUUCAUCCCUACCUCUGAAAUCCUAAGUUUUUUGUCCAUGAUCUCCAUGGCCCUGUGGAUAUUACACCUGUGUUUGGCAAAGAGCGCUGUUUUAAGGCCUGACCUAUCUGCCCAGCCCCCAAGUCCUCUGUAACUUUGGAGGACAAAAGUAGCUGCAAAGAAUGUGGAGAUUAGGUCUUCUUUCAGACAUGCAUAGUUAUAGAUCAGUGCCAGCGAACGGCAACAAAAACUUUUUUUCAAAACUUCUGAUCUGGGAGCACACACACCCUGCCCCCCGUUCUUUUCUCAAUUCUUAACUUGGAAACUAAGCAGCAUUAGCUUAGCUAUCUGGAUCAUCUAUCCAACCAAUUAGAGAAGAUCCUGUGUUGCGUGCUAUGUUGUAUUCAUUGUGUUUAGGGAAUUCGUUUGUUAUGUGGCUUUAAAACCUGCACUGUUCUAAAUGUUUCUCUUCAAGCAUCAGGCUUCCUGUUAAGAAAACUAAGGGCGAUUUAUCAGUGCGUGAAGCAAUAUUGAUAACAGCUAUCGCCUAUCAGCCCUGACCUUCAACAGGUCUUCACAGCUGGCCCCUGCAACAAAAAUUGUUACAAUAGUUCACCUUCAGGUUUUCGUUUACCGUUUGUCCCCCACUGUGGAAACAUUUCAUCAUCUCCUUACUGGCAUGAUCACCUCAUGCAGCGAAGUAAUAUUUCUGGAGGCUUAAGUACUAGAGGCUCUGCUGUUGUACAGGACUCUGAAUAAUCUUACUAGGAAAGUGGAGUGUGGUUGAGCGUGCAGGGAGACAGUAACAAGGAAUUUAAGUUAUGUAUGGAGAAGCUUGGCAGAAAAAUAAGUCAAAUAUGGGGGGACAGAGGGAUACAACUUGAUGAAUUAGUGCAGUAAAUGAAAUACAUGAUGUAAAUGCAGUGUUUCUGAAGAAAGGAUAUAUCUGCCCUCUCUUUUAUUUCCAAGUGAAUAUGGCAAGAUCUCUUUCUCCCACCCCUGGAUUGGUGAUAGCUAUGGCAAAAAGACAAAAAAAUAAUCUUUUCAGCCAUACUGUUCAGCAACUCUUUUGCUGAGAUCAUGUGCCUGCUUUAUUGAGCCAUAAAUAUAUUUAUAGUUUGUACACUUUUUUCUGGUAGGCUUAAACUGACCCACACAGCUUGUCUGGCCAUAAAUUUUUAAAUCUUUCAUCUAUUGCAUGCAGUUUAUAGCAGCCUAAUUUAUAAGAAGUUACAGUUUAUUCUGAUAAAUAUUUUAGUUUUUUGGGUUUUUUAAAAAAAACUUUAUACCCAAAAUAGAUUAUUUUUUUUCUUUCUUGGCUGAUUUAAACAAAUAAAAGUGACCAUUUUGUUUCAAAACUAAUGGCAAAUGUGUUGUAAAGAUUGUUCUGUUCUAUAGCUUACACAAAGGUGCCAAAGUACAUACAGUUAAUAAAAAAGUAGAAAAUUGUUAAGUUUACUUUAGCUGUGGUUUUAUCUUUUUGAUCUUUCAGAUGCUCAUUUUUUGUCUUGCGCGUAUGCGUGGUGUGGGUGUGGGCGUGUGUGUCCUGGUCUCCUUAACUUUUCCUGAGCGUAUCAUCUGUCCUAAUGCUUUCUCUUAUAAAACAAAUGUUUUUGUUUGUGCAUUUGAAAAUACCACUCCUUAUUUUUUUGUGCUUUCAUAUAAUAGGAAGAGAAUCUCCUUUUUGAAAAGUUUAAAGUUGUAAGAGUACAGCAGCAUUCAAAAAUGUAAUAUACUUUUUGUAUAACUAAAUUCUUCAGAUGAGUAACUUUGGAGUUUGGGAGAGGGAGGGGCAUACAGUGGGAGGGAAAACAAACCUGUUCCUUUUAAGAAGCCUUUUCAGAAGGCCAUUUAGAGUAUGAGGCUGUGCUUGAUCACUGCAUAGAAAUGUUCAAUUUAACACAGAUCUUGCAAAUGGGGCAUGUCAGCAUUGCGUCCUUUAAUGCAAAAAAAAAAAAACCUUUUUAAUGUUUCAUAAGAAGUCAGUGAUGGGUACAGAAAGUCUCUUCUUUGGUAAAUAAUGUAAAUACAUGUCCUUUAAAAAGAGUGAGUCUGUUAUCUAGGUAUUUUGUGUCAUUUAAUAAAUAAUAAACAGUUUUGUGUUGCUAAA